AUGUCCGACGACGAGUUCGACGAGUUCGGAGGACUUCCUGACUUAUUCGAUAAUAUCGACUGGAACACCAUUCCAGAACUCUCCGAUGCCAUCGCUGCCCAACCAUCCCAAGGUAUACCAGAUGUCCAGGCCGAGGCUGCAGUGGGAUUAGAAGGGCUGAAUCAAGAGGUUGGGUCUCCGGACUCGUCGCAAUACUCUUGCGAUGAGAUUCGGUUUGAUGAGACGGUGUUGGGCUUGCUGGAUGCGUUGGAAGAACGUGGUAUGCAAGGAAAUGCUGUAGCGUCCACGUCGUUGCAGCAGCAACCUGCCGCGACCACCGGACACUCUGUGACUGCAGCGCCGCCGCCCAUAGUUCCUGCACCAAUAAUUAGCGGUCAUCUACAACCCAACUCCUGCAAGCCCGAGAAACGCGCGAAGCGAUCUGGAUCGCCUCUUAUGUACGGCUCGCCGCGGAAGAAGGGCAAGCAUCAAGAAACUUUCGAGGAUUCCAGCACAGAGACGCAAGUGCGGGAGCGCAUGGAUGCAUAUCUCGCGUCGUUCCAGGAGGAACUGACCUGUCCAAUGUGCGUGCACGCUUUCUAUAUUCAGCAGGCUGUGAAUGGGGUGUAA